AGGCUAACAUCCCUCCUUUGUUUACCAUCAUGGGUGAACCUUGAAAUUGGUUACUUCAACAACCGCAGGGCCUAAAGUUUGUCUCGUUUUUGUGUAAAAAUAAAUAAACAGAAGUCCAGCUGGUUUAGAGAUACCUAGAGAGGAGCACAGACGUCCCCUGCUCGCUCGUUUCUGGAUCAAUGAAGUGGUCGUGUCUGAGGGUAUCAUAAAGCUGAAUCUGUCUCGUGCUGUUCCAACUUCGGCCAGCAGAGGGCGAUGUCUGACAGCAGCAACAGCACAGGCAGCAGCGGCUCCUCCACCAACAGCUGGACCCUCCUCUCCCCGGAGGAAGCUGCCAUUGAGAAUGUGGGUCCUGUGGAUGAUGGCACUGAGAGCCUGGGAGAUGCCCCCAGCCUCUCUGAGGAGGUGGCAGGAGCUGCGGCUGAGUUCAAACCAGCUGACAUCCCAGUAGAAACUGUUUUGUCUGAAGAAGGUCACCAGGUUUGUCAGGAGACAUCUCCAGAGUCCGGUGAGGGUCCCCUCCCUUCUAGUCCAUCCCGGCUGAGCCCUCUUCCGCCCGGACCCCACGAUGCUGCGCACUUUGACUUGGAGAGUCAGCCUCCGGUGAUCCACGACAUUGUAACCACCUCGCCCAGCGACAACGAGCCCCAGGGUGCCAUGUCUUUUGUCACCAACAUUGACCCGGGGGCUCCGCUUGAUAUCCCAGCGGUCGAAAUCGCCGUCGCCGACUCCAGAGGGUCCCGCUCGGCUUCCCCCGUGACCGAGUUUGCCGUCUCCGCCGAGCCCGCGCUCGACACGCCCGCUGAUUCUGGACCGUUUCCUGCGAGUCCYGCUGGGGAGAGUGAGGUAAACGUCCCCACAGAGACCCUCGCCGCCGUUGAAGCUGAUAUUAGCUUUGCCCCAGAGACCACCGGGCCUGCGGUCCUGCGAAGCCUGGAGACAGAACGUCCAGCUGGUGAAAGUCCCGCACCUGAGACGGUUGGUUCUGCUGAGGAAGAGGAGGACGAGGUUGAACGAGAGGAAGAAAGGCCUUCUGAGGCGAUGGAUGUCGACGAAGAAGAGGACGAGGAAGAGCCGUCCAGCAGUUACGAGCCGGGUGACACGGGCGGCUUGGACGAAGGACUGAGGAGGAGGAAUGUGCCCGCUUUUGAAGCGCCAAGACCAAGAACCUCAGAUGAGGAAGASGAUGAGGAGGAGGUGGAAUUCAAGCUGCCUGAGAAAAAGGAGGAGAAGUCCUGGUUCUCCAUGAACAAAUGCAUUGUGGCCGCUUUGGUCCUGCUCUUCUUAGGUUCCCUCUUUUUCUCAGGUGACUUUGACGCCUCGGAUCUGACUGACGGAGAACAAAACCAGGGUGUGCUUAGCGGUGAUCCGCAGGAUAUGAAAGAGUUAUUGGAUAAACUGGCACAGGAAAACCAACAAAUCACUCAGCUAGAAGCUGAACUACAGAAUGAAAAAGAAGAGCUCGACUCGCAGAUGCAGGUCGUGGCAGCGAGCGGUGAUGAAAGGAGGAUGGUAGAUUUAGAAAAAGAAAACUCAAAGUUAAAAGAGGAGCUGUCGUCCCUGCCUGAGCUGAAGAAGGAGCUGGAGAGUCUGAGGGUUCGAGUGACUGAGCUCAGCAAGCUCACAACUGAUGCAGAAAUACGUCCUUCCGGUUCAUCCUCUCAGCCGGGAGCCGGAGAACCUCAGAGUUCUCGUAAACCAGCUGGACCAGAGAGAAAGAAGGAGGGCAACCUGAAGAAAGAACUUCACCGGCAGAAGGUUCUUCUGGACGAGAGCAGGAGACGGCUGGACGAGAUGAAAGCGGGCAGAGGCGAUGGAAAGCAAGUCCGGGAAAGCUUGGAGGGGAUCCAGAGGAAGCUCUCUGAACAAGUCGCCCAGUGGGAGAAGGCGAAGCCGCAGGGGUCGAAACAGAGAGGAGACAAGGGCAAACGUAAAGAACGAGAGCCGUGGAAGAAAGAGGAGAAGAGGGAGUGGAAGCACAAAGAGGAGAAGAGGGAGAACCAGAGGAAGCCUCAGAAGGAAAACUCUCACAAAGAGGCCUGGAGGAAACACCAGGAUGAGUGGGAGAGAAAGAAGAGCGAGCGCAGGAUAGACCGGGAGGAGAGGAGGAAGGAGAAACCGUGGCACAGCCAGCCCGGUAAAAACUCUCAUCAUCAUCAGCAGCAACGCCAGCAUCAUCAGCAGCAGCACAACGACUUCUGGAGAGACCAGGACCAGAAGCUCCACCGCAACGUGCGCCCGCAACUGGGCUGCGCCUCCGUGGAGGACUGCGCCGCCAAGGAGGGACUGUACCCGGUGGAGCUGCCCGAGUUCGAGGAGCUGCUGGAGGGCUACCUGAGUAAACUGGAGGGCUCCCCCAGCGACGGCAAGGACAAGAUCAGGAAGCUGACGGCGGAUUUCUUCGAGGACGGCAUCUUCAUCCACGACAGGGCUCGCUUCGGCGACUUCGCCGAGGACGUGGCGGACAUUCUGGAAGACAUGGUGGACGUGUUGGAGGGCGGCGGCCGGCGGGACAGUGACUCUCUGGAGGAGGAGAUGGAGGAGUUCGAGCGCGAGGCCCUGUGGAAGUUUGCAGCUUAGAAAUGGACGAGCUGGACGCCCCGCAGCACAAACGUGGUGCUUUUUAGGACAUUUCUUUAGCCACGACGGUGGCUAAAGAAAUGUCCUAAAAAGCAAUUGUAGAUGCUUUUGGUACAGAGUGGAUUUGUCACUCUUAAACGUCCCUUGAAGUCUCUAAUUAUAAGCUAGAUUUGUCAUUGUGGGCUUAGUUGUUACCUACCUCUGUCUGCUCCCGCAACCUACAGUUCAGUCCCUCGGUAAUGUGCUGUGUGAAAUUUUCUUUGCUAGUCAGUGCUGUAAACAAUGCAUGUGAGUUUGAACUCAGAUCACACUAAAGAACAGAGUUUGAAGGAGUUUAUAUA